AUGACCACCCAUGGUACCUCUAGACAUGGUCGGUACGAACGAUUGAUACGGAAACACCGGCUAGAAACACAGGAAUAUGGGCAAGGAUCAACGUUGGAUCAUGCAAAAACCGGUCCCAAGCAGAAAUCGCAUUCGAAGAAUCUACACGAGCGAUGGCUGGACCUGCAUGGGAAACGACAAUACGCGCCCAAUUCGUCCACGACUGUAACACAAGCCGAUCCGCAAACCACGGCCACCACCGACGCCGAACCAGUUCCAGCUACCACGACGCAAGUUCCUGAAACAACGUCAGCGUCUGAACCCACUGCUGUAUCCUCUGAUUCGGAUCAGCAAACGACACAGCUGCCUGCCACUGGUGCGUCAGAUGACGCAUCGACUACAGUGACAGCAGUAACUACAAUCACCACGAUAGUUUCAUAUUCUCCGGAUCCAACGACGGAAUCGGGGAUUGAACUGACAACCUCAGUAGCAGACCAUACUGCGGUAGCAGCCACCGUUGAAAAUGCAUCGGGAGAUCGGUCGACAACAGUGGCCACGGCACCUUCAGAGUCUGCAACUGCUCUCUCCACAGAGUUGGCUUCUGAAGAGGCUGCAGCUAGUAUAUCAUCAGGAGCGGCUGCCGCGGAUACGUCCACUGUACCGCUGACCGAACCCACAGAGUCCGUGACUGCUGUGGCAUCAAUAUCAGAAGCGCUGUCAUCGGCCGUGACCGAAGUCUCUGGGAUAAUUGCGUCACUUACCUCUGAUAUUGAGAGCCUAUCCGCACCGACAGUAUCUAUCUCCGUCCCUACCACGUCUCCGACCACUUCCGCGACUGUCUCUACGUCCGCUGCCAUAAUCGGCCAGUCGUCCGGUUCUCCAAAUGCCACUCCCGUGUUUCAAGGGUCGAGCCUUGAUCUUCCCACUGCCGUGGUCUCUACUCAAUCACCGGUUGCCACUCAAGAUAUUAUGGGCAUUGGAUCUGGUGACGGUUCCAACUCUAGCUCCGACAUCAACACAAAUCCUACAAGUACUUCAAUUGCCUCCGAUUCUUCUUCCUCAAGUACGACCACCACUUCUCAGUCACAUACAUCGUAUUCCGAUUCACCAUCCUAUUAUGGCGGCUACGGUUCUGGCGAUGGCAGUACCUCAGAGCCCACAGGGACCACAGACGGCUCAGCUGUUUCACCGGAUUCAAACGACACAGGAUCUAGCACAAUGAGCCCUCAAACCACCGGUAAAAUUGUUGGGGGUGUUGUGGGAGGCGUGGCCGGCUUUUCGCUAUUGUUCUUGUUGAUCUGGUUCCUGCUGCGGCGGCGCAGGAAAACUGGUUUCUUCCUUGGAUCACCCGCCAAUAGGUCAAUAGCAGACGACGGAGGCGUCGACGGCGGUCUUAUUGGGGCUGGCGCCACGAGAGAAAUGGCUUCGCGUGACUCCAACACGCACUCAAUGUUCGGAGCUGCAUACUUUGCCCCGGCAUUCAUGAAACGCUGGCGGCAGUCUCAGAUAUCCACCGGCGAAGAGAGCUUCGUGAGCACGACUCCUAGUAGCGAGCGUGGGUUUCAGAAGAUCGCAGGCCGCAAACUCCCAUCCGGUACCCAGCCAGGUUAUGAUUACGGCAAUGGGAGCCUAUCGCCGACAGAAUCUGAAAUCAGUGCUACAUUUCCACCAAUCAUCCCUAGAUCAGCAUUCUCGCCAUCACAACCGCCACCGUCAAAUCCGUUCAGCAUGCCGCUGGAUACGAGUUUCACCCGCGAAGCACCGGAGGAGGGCGUUCCCGUAAUGCGACCGUCUCCAGCGCGGAUACCAACAUCGGGCUCAGCGAAUGCGACAACGUGGGCUGAGGCGAGUGCGCGGUCAGUGCCCAUGCCUUACACUAUGACGCCGUCUGGUCCGAUAGCAAUACCGAAACGGCCGGAUGCGCUAGGACGCAGUCAUCCGAGUUUCGAUGGGAGUCGCGGGAGUCGCUUUACGGAGAGUUUAUGA